AAAUAUUGAUUAAUAAUUAGAAAGUCUAGUACUCUUUAGUUAGUAGUUUAAUAGUUGAUUAUCGUUUUAAUUAUAUAUCAAUAUAUAUAUAUACAGUAUAUAUAUAUAUAUUGUUUCAUACAUUAAUUUAACAAUUAAAAACAAUAAUGUCUAAAUUAUCAUUGAUAAUUUUAUCAUUAUGUAUCGGACAGUUGGUUUUGGGUCAGAUAGAGGAGUACAGUGGUCAAGGUUUUGGUGGUAAUGACUUGGAUGUCGAUGCCCUACUCGAGUUAGACAACUACGCGAUGACCAGUUGUUUUACAUCCGAUGGCCGAUUGCCGUCCACUGUCGAUGAAGUUCAACAAACGUGGUGUCAUAAUUUUCUAUCUGAUCAUCUGUAUGUACUGGACCUACUUGAGCGUGCAUUUGCCCGCAACUAUGGCCUGGUUACAUUUAUGCGUUUAUGUUCACUGAAAAGCAUACACGAUGUUAGCAAACUGUGCAGUCAACCUAAACUACUACAUGGUGUGGCAAUAGUAUUUCGAUUGCUCAACAAUUUUUUGCCGCAAUUGAUGAAAAUGUCUGAUAAGGCCAAAAAUGUUUACCUGCAUGUGGCCGAUCCUAAUUCACCCCUUACAGCUACCGAUCUGGUUUGUUUAAUUAAAAAAGGUGUGACUAAAAUAUUGCACAUGGUACCAGCAAUAUUGAGAUCGGCAAUAAUCAAACAACAUUUAAAACUAUUCAAAGAAGAAUUGCCCAUGUGGAAAUUUAUAAUUCACUCGUUACGUAUUGAUGUCCAUUUCAAUGACUGUCAACUACCGCGCGGUCCGGCGGCCAACCCGUUAGGCAUACGUAGCGAUAUUACCGCAAUGGCUAUGGCCUGGGAUAAGGUGUCCCUAUAAAUGUUGUUUUUCACUAAUUAAUUAAUUAAAUUUAUUAUUAUUAUUGAUUUUU